CGGACGUGUUGACGACAUAAAAGUGCAAAUUGUGUGAAAAAUCAUAAAAUCGAAAGACAUGAACAACUACACCACUUUAUUUAACAUGGAUUCUGGCAGUGUCGCCAGUAUCGAAAAUAUUCCAGAGACCCAGCAGCAAUGUACAAUGAAUAAAUUAGAGCAAAAAAUUGACCUAAUAAUACAAAAAUUAGACAAAAAUACAACGGAACUGGUCGCUCUUCGCACGGAAAUGUCCUCCAUAAAGGCAAAGGUUUUUGGAGCUAUCCAAAAAACUAAAGAGACCAUGCCCAAUGAGCCCUUAAGUUCAAUAGGUGAACUGGAGAGCUUUGAAGAAAGUUUAAAGGAAGAAACAGUGUUUAAAAAGCUGAUCUUAGACCUAGGCAUGUCGAGCGAGAAAGCCUUUGAUAAAUGGAUUAGGAGCACUUGGCGCUCGAUUGUGUCGGACGAGGUCGCACGUCAGUGCUCUUGGCGUGGAACAGAUGCCAAAAAGUGCAUAAGGGGCUUGCGUGUGACCCAGCAAUCCGCAUGGGAUUUAAAGAAAGGUUUGCACUUGAGGAUGCCGAUUUUGAUCGGGUGA